AUGGCGGUCCUCCGCGUGGUGUCGCUGUUGCCGUCGGCGACGGAGCUGCUACACUUCCUUCUCGUGAAACUCAAUGCCAGGCAUGACGAACCCGUCGCAGUCCUCGUGGGUCGGUCCCACGAGUGCGAUUGGCCGGAGGAGUAUGCCGCACUUCCAGUACUCACGUCGUCGCGCGUCAACGGCGCGCUGUCGUGCGCUGAGAUCGAUCGCCAGGUUCGGGAUGAACUCGCCGCCGGCGUCUCUCUCUACACGGUGGACACAGAAAUGUUGCUAUCACUGCGUCCAGAUCUCGUGGUCACACAAUCGCUGUGCCAAGUGUGCACGGUCGACUAUGCGAUGGUGGUCGCCUUACUCACGGACGCCGACCCGUGUCCGCGCAUCCUCGACACGAACCCAAGCUCGUUCUACGAUGUAUUCCAGGACAUCCAUCGUCUCGCAGAUGCCCUCGGAGCGCCGGAUGUCGGCCACGAACUUGUUACGGAGCUGCAGGCGCGCGUGGAUGUCAUCCUUGCCCACGUCGUCGUUCGUUCAUCACCUCCCCGACUCAAGAUUGGAUUCUGCGAAUGGACCGAUCCCAUCUUUUGCGGCGGUCACUGGACGCCCCAGAUGAUCGAGAUGGCUGGAGCCGCGCAUCCCUUGAACAACACCCGCGGCCCCGGCAAAGGCGGGUGGCCAUCUCGGACGAUCUCGCCGGCCGAGUUUGUGGCGAUGGAUCCGGACGUGAUCAUCGUGGCUCCAUGUGGCAUGGACUUGAACACGAGCAAGAAGGAGACGGUGGCGAUGCUCAUGCAGCCAUGGUGGACACCCCUGCGAGGGAAACCGCUGUAUGUCGUGAACGGGAACCACAUGUUCAACCGCCCGGGGCCGCGCUUGGUGGACGCCCUCGAGUGGCUCGUGAGCAUUGUCCAUCCCGCGUCGACGCUAUCGUUCCCAGACUUUCCCGCCGAACGCUACCCCAACCAUGAUGCGGUCAAGACGGACGAGAUCGACGUCAAGUGUAGUGUGAUUAUGCCUUAG